CCACCAUCUAGUGGGGAACACCGAGUUGGUGUUACUAGCCAUAUUAAUUCUCUUUCUCCACAUCGUAAACCUAGAACUUGUGUACUUAGAAAAAUUGCUGAACAUACACCUCUUCAACGACUAUUGGAACAUCUUCUUCAAUGGAGAAACGUGACCCGCAGCAAUUUUUUGCUUGGCCAGUCACAGAUAGUAUUGCACCUGGAUACUCUCAGAUCAUUACUAAUCCUAUGGAUUUCAGUACUAUAAAGCAGAAAAUAGACGAUAAUAGUUAUCAAAACUUAAACGAGUUCGUAGACGAUUUUAAACUAUUGUGUGAUAACGCUACUACUUAUAACCACCCAGAUACAAUUUAUUACAAGGCAGCAAAGAAAUCAUUGCAUGUUGGCCUAAAAAUGGUUACACCUGAAAAACUUCGUCAAUUAAGACCUGUACUAACUUACAUGCAGGAUAUCUCAAAAGAGGAGCUUGGAUUUGAAUUGGGUACAGAAGAUCCUAAUAAUCCAGACAUUCCCGUAACAGAGGAGCAAGUCGAACGGGAACAGGAGGAACGUAACGAAGAGGCAGAAGAACUUCGAAAAGAGAACCAAAGGAAAAUGAGAUUAGCAAAUUUAGGUAAAUUUGAAGCCAUUCCGGAUGAUAUGACGCCGGAGGAAAUCUUAAAACAAGCCCGAGGAGCCGCGAAAGUAGCAUCAGACAAGUUAACAUUGAAAAGGUUGAAUUCCAAGAUGGGUUUCCUUAGACAAAAGAAAGACGGAACUACUAGUUUACAGAUCAUAGUGCCGGGAGACGGCGUGAUUCCAGGAACUAAUCAAAGACCAGUGUCAUUAGUGCAGCUUAUAGGUAAAUUGAAUCAUGGUACAGGAGCGUUAGCAGGAUUCCGAGAAGAUAGGAGAAAUAUGUCUAAACCAGUUAAACCUUUAUAUUACGGUGCCUUUGGUUCUUAUGCUCCAAGUUACGAUUCCACGUUCGCUAAUCUGACAAAGGAGGAAACAGACUUGGUGUAUUAGACAUAUGGCGAUGAGACUGCUGUACAAUAUGCAGAAUCCAUAUUAGACUUUGCUAAAGACUGUGAUUAUACGUUAACUAUGGUCGACGAUCUGUUGGAUAUCCUGACAGGAGGAGAUCAUAGAAAGACUAAGAAGUUCCUUGAGGAAAAGCGAAGACUCAAAGAGGAAGAAGAAAAGAUAAAGCAUUUAUU